UUUCUGAGUAAAACGGAACGAAUUGAUUUUUAUUUUUUAUAUGUUGGUAAACUUGAUGCCAAUAGCUGUCAAAAUAUAUUUUUGACGUUUAACAAUUGGCGCCAAUUUCAGUGUAGUUCGAGUGUAAUUGCGGCAAUUUUUAACCAAAAAAAUGUCUCGUCGUAAAAUUUUGUCUGCAAAUGAAAUUAUUUCGCACCUGGAGGAUGAAACGGACGUUUUAGCGGCAGAUAUUUUUAUCACCCCACCAGAAAAUUAUGAUAAAAGUGACGAAGACAGUGGUGAUGAGGAGUCGGCCCAUAUAAAUAAUUUGUCAAGGCACCAACUGUUGGCAGAAGCUGAAAUUCGGGCUACCGUUGCUUCAAAUACCGGUAUUUAUAUUGAAGACAGUUUAUUUGACCAUCAACCUCUCGAACCCGUACCCAGCACCUCGUCAGUAAACCCACCGCCGACGAAAAAAAGGCGCGCUCCUGCAUCUAGACGUUGCUUGGAGGGCUAUUGAUAUUACAGAAAAACAGGAAAAAUAUACUAAUUUACCUAGUUUUUUAGAAGAUUUUGAAACGCCAAUACAGUUCUUCGAAUUGUUUUUUGAUGACGAGGUGUUUGAGUUAUUGCGUUCAGAAACAGAAAAAAACGCAAUUCAGAAAGGCAAGCAUGGUUUUAGGGUGUCGCUGACUGAAAUGAAACAUUUUAUCGGAAUACUGUUAUUGUCAGGGUAUAACAGCGUGCUAAGGUACCGUAUGUAUUGGGAACAGCAAGUUGAUUGAAGCUUUCAAGCCGUGGCAUCGCUCAUGUCAAGAAACAGAUUUGAAGACUUACUUCGUUACUUUCAUGUCGCUG